AUGGAGGUAUCAGAGUCAUUAAUAUUUGAUAAAAAACGUGGAGAUAUUUCAGUGGAAUCAUCACGUAUUGUUAGUGAUAUUAUUAUUGGUCUUUCAGAUGGGCUAACAGUGCCUUUUUCAUUAGCAGCAGGCCUUUCAUCUUUUUAUAAUACCCAAAUUGUUUUAACAGCAGGAAUGGCAGAGUUAAUUUCGGGUGCAGUAUCAAUGGGAUUGGGUGGAUAUCUUGCUACAAAGUCGGAAGUUGACCAUUUUGAGCAUAUGCGUAAAACACAGAUGGAUCUUUUAACACAUGCUCCGGAAAAUAGAUUGCAGCAGAUUCUUAACCAGUUGCAGUCUUAUGGGAUUGUAAAUGAAGUUUGUAAGCCUUUGAUUUUUAAUUUGAGACAAAAUCCAGUUGAUUUUGUUAAUUUUGUUAUGCGGUUUGAUUUGUGUUUACAAAAACCAUCCCUUAGAACUGCAUGGUUUAGUGCUAUUACAAUUGGUAUGUCUUAUUUCAUAGGGGGAUUAAUUCCUCUUGCACCUUACUUCGUUUUCUAUAAUAAUACAUUAAUGGGCUUUAAAGUUAGCAUUAUUGUUGUUGCUGCUGUUUUAUUCAUUUUCGGCUACCUCAAAUCAGUAUAUCUUAUUGGAUCUAUAAAACGUUCAAUCUAUUCAGCUUUUCAAACACUGUUAGUUGGAAUUAUUGCUGCUGGUUCUGCUUUUGGAAUUGUCCGUCUUUUAGGAGUAAGAUAA